GAGAGAGAGAGGAACAUACCAGCAACUUUUCGUCAGCUGUAACUCGUUUGAUUUUUUUUCCCCCAGUUGGACUCCCUAAAUAGGUCAACAAAAGAAAUACUGUUUCAGAUUCACCUCCCUCCCCUCCCGCUCUCUCCUCCCCGCCUGUGUAAGUGGCUGCGAGGAGUGAGAGACUCUGGCUCCUUGCAGAAGCCACCGUGUGUGUGUCUCUGUCUGUCUCCGGGUUACAAGUCCCCUUGCAAGCAAACCAGUUUGUCUCCUGAAGACACUUGAAGUGCUGGUAUAUCAGGCAGCUGAACUCAAAUUAUUCCAACUACUUUGAAAUCGACUGCUGGCCCUCACUUUGAAUCUUCACACUAACCAGAUCGGAGACGCACACGCCAAAGCUUACAGACAGGGCACUUGCCACACUCAUCGAGGGGACUUGCUUCUCAUUGAAGGUCAACACAAACGUUGGUGGGUGAACAUCCUGUCAUCUACUGUUGGCUCGCUGGUCGGAGACUCAGGCCAGAUGCAGGUGGAGGCAGAUGUGCAUUCGUGCGGUUACAUCAGACAGGAACCAAAGACCGGAUGGUCUCUGGAAGGGGCAGACUCACCUCCAUCUGACGCCAGGAUCUGGGAGGUUGUGGCUGCACAGGAGGUUGGACAGGUGGAUGUGGAGGAGAAGUGGCCCUCUGACAACAUCUUUGGAUGCAGUGCAACAGGUCCCACCGUCAGCAAGGUGGUGACAGGGCAAGUGACCAGCAUCCCGGAGGGAAGGACUCGCUCCAUCAGCUGUUCACUGGAAGUUGGUGAAGAGAAAUGUUCCAGACUGCGGAGCAUGGAUAGAGGCGGAUCCCACAGCGGACGGACGGCUCCUCAGCAGACUCCAGCGAGUCUCCGUCGCAGUAGGAGCUCGAGCGAGCAGGAAGCGAGGGGGGCCCGGCUCCAGAGCCACAAGAUUGCGGCCCAGUUGACCACCGGCACCCCACCGGGCCCCAACUCCAAGGGCGUCCUGCUCUUCAACCGGCGCAAGGAGAGAGUCAACGAGCUCGCCCUCAGCGGGCCACUGGAUGGAGGCACCGGGGCCCGUGUAGCCGAGGAGGCCGGCGUGCCUUACUUUGAGCAGCAGGCCGGCAUGGAGGAGGAGGAGGUGGACGAGGAAGCUGCAGGGACGGAGAACCGCCGGCCCGAAGCUGGGCCUGAGGCCCCGGCACCUGGACUGGGAGGGCCGCCCGCCGAAGCCUACCUGGAGCUGCAGGCCGAGGCCCGGAGGGAGGCCGGGACUUCGGUCCUUGCCCGGCCACCGCUGCCGCCACCACCGCCGCUCUCUAAGACGGGCAUCCUGGAGCAGUCGAGGCUGCGGAAGGCGGGCCGCAGGCCCAUGUUCACGUUCCACGAGAGGCCGAGGCUGGCACCCAACCCCGAGCUGUUGUCGCUGGUCCACGGCGCUGACGUGCAGCGCAAGGCUGGAGGCGGUGGUGGUGGAGGAGGAGGAGGGGGGGACGAAGGCCUGGCCCUAGGCGCCGAGGCCUGCACGCUGGGCCAAGCCAAGGCCCCGGCCCCGGCUCCGGCUCCAGGCCCGGCUAUCAGCGCGGGCGAGGAGAGGCCAGCGCCCGAGUGGGCCUCGUGCCUGAAGCCACCCGAGCUGCGGCCUCCCCACAGGCCCGGCGCCCUGCAAGGCCUGGCCGAGGUCCGGGGCAAAGGGGCCGAGCUCUUCGCCCGGCGUCAGACUCGGAUGGAGCGCUACACCCUGGAAGCUCCGGCCCCGCCGCCACGGCCUCCCUCGCCCACCGCCUCGCUGCCGGCCGGCUGGAAGUGCAGCGGCAGCGGUGGCUGGGUGAGGCCUGAGGCCUCGGCCUACAACGGCAAGGCUGCGGCUCUGCCGGGCCGCCGCCAGGUCAGCUCGGCCUCCUUAGUCAUCUCGCCGCCGGCCAGGAGCCCACCGCCGCCGUCUGGGCCCUUGGUGGCCAAGCUCAGCUCGCCGCUGCCUCCUCCUGUCGCCGCUAGGCCGCAAGGCCCCAGGCUCAAUGGCUUCGCCGCCGGCGAGGGCCGAGGCCCAGACUCCCAGCCGGCGCAGGCCUCUCCCGGACACGCACCCGCGCCGCCAGCCACCCCCAGGCCUGCCGAGGCAACCCAGGCCCCCAGACCGACCUUCUCGGCACGGAGAGCCGGACUUGAGGCCCAGCAGGGAUGGACAUCUCCGGUGACUCCGCCUUGGAAGACUGCCAUCGACCGGAGAAUGAGCAUCCCCAGGACCUACUUGGACACCAUCCCGUCGGACCCAGCGAGCGACGCUGCUCCGCACAGUCCCCGAACUCCCCCCUGCCCCCUGAGUCCAUCGGCUGGAGUACUGUCACCCAACAGCUGGACGCCGCCCAGGGAGCCAAAGUCCGUCCCGGCCGGGAAGCCGGGUUCGGAGGUCGCGGAGAGCCGGCGACUGAAGGACCUCCUGGCCAAGAACGUGGUCAUCGCCGCCCGACGCAAGAAGCUGUCCAGCCCCACCGGCUCCCCCAGCAGCCCAGGAGAGCCCCCGUUCCCCCUCAGUCCCCGCAGCGACUGCCUCUCCCCCCUGUCACCCCACACCCCCUCUCCGGCUGUCUACGUCCGCUCCCCGCUCAGAAUGUACCGCCGGUCGCUGACCGACUCCGAGUUCUCGCUGGGGUCUGACGAUUCCGGAGCCCGGUCCCCCAGCUACCACAACUUCUGCCCCAGGGGAUGGACUGGGAGCAGAGCGAAGCAGAGCGAGCAGUGAUUAACAAAGCCCUUCGUGCCCCCCAGUCGGGAAACACAGCAGGAGUGGGGUCAGGGCUGCAAAGAGACUGGGAUCUGACAUCGAACCAGACAAUGCUUGGAGAUACUCGGCAGGUCAGGCAGCAUCUGUGGAGGGAGAAACAGAAGCAAUCAAACUUGGAAAUCGAAUGUGUUUGAAGGGGCAGGGAACAUCUGAAUGGUAGAAGUUGAGGUGGUGCCUGCUGAGAGAGGGUGCUGAAGGCUUGGUAAUCGCAGCUGAGCUGUCUGAAAAAAGGUGUGAAUAGAAGAAGACAAAAACAGCAAAGGAACCAUGAGAUACACACUGGGGGUUGCAGGAAACACUCAGCAGGUCAGGCAGUGUCUGUGGAGAGGGAAACGAGAGAGGGACGUUUCAGGUUGAUGAGCUUCUAUCAGGAUCCAGCUAUGAUGAGGCUCAGUUCUCAACCAUUGCUGACUGCCAACUUGUUCCGAGCUGAAGGAGAAAGGCUCAUUGGUGGCAUCUCCACACCGUCAAUUGGCACUCCAUCCACCACGGUGAAUGUUCACUGCCUCUGCCAUUGUCUACUGGACGCACUGCAGUCGCUUGGCAGGCCCCGCCAACAACACCUCCCAAACCCACCACCUCCCCCGCCAAAGACAAGAACACCACCACCCGCAGGUUCCCCUCCCAGUCCCACACCAUCCUGGCUUGGAAAUAUGAAACUGUUCCUUCAUCGUGACUGCGUCUAAGUCCUGGAACUCCCUCCCCCAACAGCACCGCGGGAGCAUCUUCCCCAGAAGGACUGCAGCCAUUCAAGAAGAUGUCUCACCCCCACCGUCUCAUUGAGGAUGGACAAUACCCGGGUACAAUGGACACAACAUACCCUGGACCGAAGAUCACAGCUCCAUUUGACUUCGGACUCCAAUCACUCGGGGCUUUAAUUCGGGAGAAAAGUUCUAGUUAAGGUUUUCAUUCCUGUAUCUCUGGUAGGCUGUUGUCAAUUCAUCACAUGACCACCCCCCUCCCUUCCUAUCCUAUCAUCACUCCCCUCGCCUGCUAUUGGCCCCUGUUCUGCAUCCCAGCAGCCAAUCAGAUAGCAAAUUGACCCAUUGUUGCCUGAUUGGAUUGCGAAUGAACCCAUCCCAUCUCCAAUAUUUCCUUGAUCACGUAAUGGGGGAAAAGAUACUCACGAUUUUGCUCAAGUCCAUCGAACCUUUGCUUCCAGCUUUCAGGAACUCAGUUCCCAAUUCCUGGAAGCUCCUUGACAUUAUUGGUGGGAUGUAAUGUCUACAAGUUCCUGCUUUAAGUUUCUCUCCUAGCCAGCCUCUGCCAAGGCCCAACAUCACUCCUCUGCUACAGGGUAAUGGGUCAUCUUUGGCAGCCGGUCUCCCCUGCGGCCAGACAAGUAGAAAUCCAAGAUUAACCUCCGCUGGAAUACAAAGACCAGUUCCAAGGAACCAGGAUUCCUAAGUUUCUGGAGACACGAGAGACUGCAGAUGCUGGAAUCUGGAGCAACAGACAAUCUGCUGGAGGAACUCAGUGGGUCGAGCAGCAUCUGUGGGAGGGAAAGGAAAUGUCGACGUUUUGGGCCGAAACAUCGACAAUUCCUACCCUUUCACAGAUGCUGCUCGACCCACUGAGUUCCUCCAGCAGAUUGUUCGUUGUUCCCAAGUUUCUGGGUAGAUCCAUGGCUGUGUUAGGUUUCCGAUGUGUCUGGGAAUGUGCUCCCCUCAACUGACCAUGCAAGGGUUGCCAUGGAACAAGUCCUUUUUCACAAUGGAGAUGGUAGUGUGGUGAUACUUCCCAACUCAGUUCCAACGCUCCAACGUAAACUGUAAAUAUGGUGUGAGGUGCUCAAGGGUUUAGAGUCUGAGAGGGCCUCCCAUUACUUUUGGUUAGUGCUUCUACCUCACAACACCAGUGACCUGGGUUCAAUACUGACCUCCGGUGCUAUCUGUGUGUGUGUGUGUGUGUGUGUGUGUGGAGUUUGCACGUUCUCCUUGUGACCGUGUAGGUUUCCCCUGGGCGCUCCAGUUUCUUCCCACAUCCCAAAGACUUGGGGGUACACCACAUUUUAGGUAAGUAGCAAAAGAAUCAAAGGGGAAUUGAUGGCACGUGAGGGGGAAUGGGUUACGGGACUACAAGGGAACGGAAGGAGAAAUGGAUUGUUGGGUGAUGGCAUGGGCUGAAUGGCCUGUAAGUAAGAUCAUGACCAGAAGUGUCUGAACCGAUGUUAUGGUUGGCCUUUUUCUCUGACUUGAUUGACUCUGCUUUGGGAUUGCCAGUUACUGAAUGCAAUCUAAUUUCACUUGCCUGAAGAUGCAUUCAACAAAACAGUGUGUAGAGCCGGGAAGGAAAGAUGCAAGAGUUUGUUCCUCCUCACAAGCACUCCAGUCUCAAACGUAGCCAUUCUGAAACAGACAUGUUUUAAUUCAUCGCAACACGAUGUACACUUUUAAUUCUGCUUUCACCGGUUGAAUGACGACAAAACAAAUACAUAAUCUGCAUCAAACCAUUCCUCUCUAUGCAUCUUGCUGUCUAGCAGUUUUUGAAUUAUAAAAGAUUGCAAACUUUUUUAUAAUAAUAUGUAAAUCAAAUGCUCCGGUAUAUAUAUAAACAUAUGGA